AUGGCUGAAGAAUUCGGGGAGAUUUAUCCUAGCAAACUCACUUUCAUCUUCGAACCAAAGAAGCAGAUCUCAUGCAUGCUCAACCUCACUAGCAACUCCAAUCGAUACAUCGCGUUUAAGGUCAAAACAACAGACCCAAAACUGUAUUGUGUAAGGCCAAAUAAAGGAAUAUUGAAACCAGAUUCAACCUGUGAAAUUAAAGUCACAAGGCAAGCUUGUACGAUACUGCCUACAACUGACACGAUUGUCAAGCAAAAGUUCUUGAUUCAAAGGGUGUUUGCAUCUGAAGAUAUGACCCUUGAGGAUAUCGACUCACUAUUCAAUUCUAAGGAUUGUCACAAUGAUAUCAAUAUGAAGAAACUAAAGGUGGUGGUUGAUAUCAUCCCGAAGGUGGUGGAGAUGAAGUCCAAAAGUGAAGUACAAGAUCUAACAGCAGACAUGGCUAAGGAGAUUAUACAGAUGAAGUCACAGAUUAAAGGACUGAAUAUGCUGUUGACAGAGGCCGAGGAGAGGAUUUCAAAGCUAAAGGAACAAAAGAGCGAUUGCGGUUGUAAAGGGACGGUUACAAUACUCAAUUUUUGGAAUCGUUACCUAGAUGAUCGAUGA